AUGAAACAAAAAUUUUUGAGGCCAACAGCAAGUCUAGGCGGUAAUUCAAGGCGGGUGAGGUAAAAAAAAAUUUUGGGGCAGGGGGGGGGUGAGUAAAAAAACUUUUGUCAAAGAAACUUUUUUUGAGUUUCUGAAUAUUCAAUCCUACCUCCACUUCUUUUUUUGGGGUUUUUACCUGCCUCUGCCUGCCUCCCCCUCCCCAUGCUCCAAUUCCCCAACCCCUCUGAUUCCCCUCCCAACCUCUUGUUUUCUUUCUAAAAUUCCCUACUUUGAACAAAAACCUAAAAUAUUUUUUUUAAAAACAUUAAUAUUAAUUCAAAAAUGUCAUUUUAAAUUAAAUUAUUACCUAAAUUUCAAUUUAUUUUUCAAAUAAAACCAAAAAAACAUCAAAAUCAGUGAGAAACAAUUGCGAAAAGAGAGAGCGGUCAGAGAAAGGGAGAAAAGGAAGGAGCUCUCUUCUUUUCCGAGAGAGCUCUCUUUCUGUUUUUGAGGAAACCCAAUCAAAAGACAAGUUUUGAGUUUAUAUAAGAAAAAGAGAGCUUUCUAAUCUUCGACUUUUAAAAGUCCAAUUGAGGUUGGUACUUGAUUCAGCUCAUGCAAAUGUGGCUGGAAAUUAAAAAUUUUGGAAUGCUUGAUCUUUCUGGAUUGGGCUGAUAUUUUUAUUCAUAAAAUGAUCGUUUUUUGUUAGUCCAAUAAAUCUAAUUUUAGGACGAUGAAGCCCUAAAGUUCAAAGCCAAGCUGAUUGAAAGUGGAAUUGCCCAACAAUUUCCACCUUGCAAUGACUUUCAAAGCUUUGCCACUUCGAAUAUAUCAUCACAAUAUGUGAAAAAACGAAAAGCCGAGCUCAUGAAAGAUGUUAUGAAUAACUUGAAGACCAAUAUUGUAGGUUCAAUGUAACAAUAUUAUAUUAUGUUGAAACAAAAGUAGCGGGACACUUUUUAUCUAAAGUGUCCCGCUACUUUUGGUUCAAACUAAUACUAUCUUAGCCUUCCUUACUUGACCCUUCCUUACAAAUACUACUGUACUCUUACGCCAAUUAUUACCUUUAUUUUUACCGUAAUACUAAUUUUACAUUUACCAUGAUCUUAUUUCUACCGUCACUCUAAUUUUACCGUAAUUCUACCAAUACUACCACAAGAGCUUUACUGUUACCACUACCCUUACCAGAACCUUGCUAUUCUUUAUCGUAUCCUAAUAUAACUCUUACUGUAACCUUAUUACUUUUCUCAAUAGAAUCCUACUAUUAUUCUUACAGUAACCUUACUGUCAUUUGUACCGUAAUCCUACUAAUAUUCAAAGUAACCCUGCUACCCCUACUGUAGCACCACUAUUACCUUUACCGUAACCCUACUACUAUUUCUACCGUAAUCCUACUAAUAUUUUCACCAUAAUCUUACAAUUACUUGUACCGUAACUCUAAUGUUACUCUUACUAUAACCCUAUCGUUCCCCACCAUUACCCCUACCGCUACCUUUUAAGUAACCCUACCCUAUCAUAAUCUUACUAUUACUCUCACCGUAAACUUAAUACUACCUUUACUGUAACUGUAUCGUAACGUUACUUUUACUCUUACCGCAAGCUUACUAUUACAACUACCGUAUCUCUGCCAUUACCCUUAUUGUACCCUUACUACUGCUCUUACCGUAACCGCUAGUAGGCCUUCCGUAAACUUACUAUAACUCUACCACUACCUCUAUCAUAUCUUUACCAAAACUCAAUCCUUACACUUCAGGGCUCAUUAAAAAAAGUGAAACAGCUCUACGACCAAUGCCAACAGAGCCCGGUUGUCACGAAACGUCGCUUCGUACCGGGCCGUGACGCGAAAGACGCCGAGUUCAACACAGAUUACCUGAGGCGAGGAUUGAAAGAAGAGAAUUUGGAAGAUAACAAUGACUUCUAUCGUAUUUAUCGAUAUGUACUCGCCGUGCUGUUUCAGUACGGUGCACCGUACUUGGAUCCGCUUGUACUAGGACAUACUGUAUAUAUCGGACGACCUGAUGGCCAAACCUUUGGCUAUGAAGACACUUGUGUGCCGCAGAUGGGGGCGGAUAAGUGUGAUGAUAUGGCUGAGUAUGUGCUUAACGUAACACAUGUUUACAAAUUCCCAAAAUUUUUCUACUUUCCGAGGAAUGUAAGUUGACAUAAACUACAUUUUAGUCUUAAGCCUAAGUUUAUGUGCUGUUUGAAAAGAUAGGGCUAAGGCUGAAGGGCUAGAGUCCAGCCUAAAAGACUAAAGCUAAAGUUAAAGGCUAAAGCCAAAAGGUUAAGCCUAAGUAGCUGGCUUAUUGUUACGGUCUAAAUUGACUUUAUCAGUAUAUUAUGUCUAUGUGUUCGAUCCCGACAACUGUGAACGCCCGCAAAAGCCUUCAAUCCCGAAAGAAAGGAGAGACGGGUUUUGGGAGAGGGAGAAAACAGUCGGUUGUUUUAUGGGUCUCUAGAAGGUAUACUGUAGAUUGUAUAAUAUAAUAGUCUUAUGUAUAAUAAAUCGUAAUAUCAUUACUCUAGAAGGAUUUACUGUACUUCAGUACUAAAUAGUAGUGAUAAGAGACUCAGUGGGAUAGGUCAGCGGGUCCAAACUAUCCGGACAAGGCGCAGGCUAGCGGUACUAGUUGGUUAGUAUCAAUAAGGGGACUAACAGAGUAGUAUACUCAAUUAUCAUAGGUAACUUAACUCCCAAAGUAUUUUACCCUUAAUAUUAUUAAGGCUAAGGCUCUGGGUUAGGGCUAAGACUAUUGCUAGGGCUAAGGCUAAGGCUAAGUAAGGCUAAGGCUAGACACCCAUUUUACAGUUUUCUUAUUUUACAUUUUUAGGUACAAUAUCGUAAGCAACUACUAGAACAACUCUUGUACAUCUUCGAAAACAGUCAAGAUUACGGUAAAUACGAUACUUGUGAAGACUUUAUUACCGAUGUAUUUCCGAUUUACUACCGUAAAAUGCUCAAUGAUUACAUGGAAAAGUCAGGGCACACUUUGUCUGAUAUUGACGUAGACUUCUUGAAGAUGUAUACAGAAGUGAUUGAGGCCUUCGAGACGACUAAAAAGGUACUAGACCUAAAAGAAGACCAGAAGGACAAAAUUGGAGAAACCUUGGAGAAAAAGAUCAAAAUCAUGCCCUUCUACCAUCCAGUAUACGAUGAAGAUGGCUUUAAUAACUACUUUGGUAACGCUGGUAUUGAUGUCAAUACGCUUUGGAGCAAUCGAUACAUUUUGAAUAUGAGAAAAUUCCUUCAGUACUGUUACGACCAUUCAAAAGGAGUUUACACUGCCAGUUUGAAGGUAAGACUACCAUACCAUACCCUGACUUACCGUAACUUAUCGUAACUUACCUUACCGCCUUAAGCCUAAAUUUCUCUAAUAAGCCUAAAGACAAGUUAAAUUUCAGAAACACGUCGAGAUGUUUGAAGAAGAAGGCAUACGGUACAUUGGCUUUGGCUUUGAAGCUAUUGACAUACUGUACUAUCAUAAAGCUUACCCGCCAGCCAUCAACUUUGCCAGCUUAGCCGGUGUUAUUGAUCAGCCUGCUAGUAAGUGUGCCGACUGUCCUGCCCUACCGUACUCUAGGCCUACCGUACCCUAGGCCCUACCGUACCCUAGGCCCUACCGUACCCUAGGCCCUACCGUACCCUAGGCCCUACCGUACCCUAGGCCCUACCGUACCCUAGGCCCUACCGUACCCUAGGCCCUACCGUACCCUAGGCCCUACCGCACCCUAGGCCCUACGGUACCCUAAGCCCUACCCUACCCUAGGCCCUACCCUACCCUAGGCCCUACCGUACCCUAGGCUCUACCGUACCCUAAGCCCUACCGUACCCUAGGCCCUACCGUACCCUAGGCCCUACCGUACCCUAGGCCCUACCGCACCCUAGGCCCUGCCGUAUCCUAGGCCCGUCCGUGACCAAGGCCCUACCGUACCCUAUCCGUUACUGUACUUUGGGUCCUGCUGUAUCCUAUGCUUUACCGCAUCCUAAGCCCUACCGUACUCUAGGCGUUACCACAUCUUAGGACCCAGUGUACUCUACGGACUACCGUACGCUAUGCCCUAUCAUACCUUACCCCUACCCUAUCUUAGGCUCUGCUUCUUCUACUCCUUUAGACCCUGCCGUACCCUAGGCCCUACCGUAGGCUAAUUAAAAAUGUUAUAUUACAGUAAACCAAAUCAUCUACAACGCCUACCAAAAACAGAAUCGCCUUUUCAUCAGAAGGAAUAACCUAGCCGGCAAGAAGUUGGACUAUCUAUCUGGAGAUCAGUUAUAUUUUGUCAACUUGGCUCAGACCUUUGUACUACGUGACAUUUCCUACAAUAUGCAAAAGUUUUCUCAACCAAAAAGUGCAGCUUGGGACUUUUUCAAAUGCCAAAGGGCAUUUUCGAACACCUUUAAUUGUAACAAAGGCAUGGUAUACUACAAGGAAGAUAACUGCAAGAUAGUCAAAGGACUUAUUCAACCCAAUUACGAUCUUUCUUAUUACAAAAUUGACAAAGAAUAA